CACGACUCACCUUUGCCACACUGCUGGAAAUACCGUAUGCGAAAACCUAUAAAAAAGUGCUUUUGGAUUCAAAAAAACUAUGUCGGCAAAAAAUGCCGCCUGCUCUAUGAGGAAAUGCCCACUGUGACAUUCUCCUUUAUCUGCCAGCCGUCAGUGAAAAAAGUUUUCAUUCACCUGCAAACUCCAACCUGCCUGCAACUUUCAGUCAGUUUAAAAUGCAGGUGAUCAGCUCUGAUUCAAACAUAGAAGAGACAUCAAAUAUUGAAAUAUCAUGAUAACGCAGUAAAAUGACUAACAUAGAAUGAUGGUCCCUCGAAUAAGUAUUAGUUUGUUCAUCUGAAAAAAAGGCACGUAGAAAUAUAGAGGAACAAAUGUGAUGUUUUUUCGAAAAAGGUUCAGUUAUCGUGUUUCCGCGUAGAACGUACUCAUGCGUGCUGUGAUGAACGUUACUCUGCAUAAUUUUACAGAGUAUUCUAGACAAAAUCAAACUUUUUCCGAUCUCUCCACAUCAUCUUUUAAUAAGCUGUAUUCCAUUUAUGAAAGGCUCCUAAGACAUUUCCUGAAGUUUUUGAGUCCAGUUUGCUGCGUUUGACGAUCUUAGUCGUUCAAAAAGUAAAGAAAGAUGUUUAAUCUUUGUACUCACUGUAUGAAAAGAACCGUUUUAGCAGAUCACUUUCGAUGCCAGCCAAAUAAAGCUUGUGUAGAGUAUAUAGUAAAGAAUCUUAUGAAAAGCCUAAAUCGGAGCUCAAAUAUAAUCAGUGACCUUUCUUGUCUCUGGUUUUGUAGACAUGAUGAGUGACGAAAAGAAGAACACAUCAGAAGGGAGACGAAUAAAACACUAUGUAAAUGAAAGAUAAUGAAGAGUCGAGAUCUGAGAUUAGCAGAUACACUUUGUUUAUGGGAUACAAGCACAUACAAUCAGAUAACAUUUGGGAUCGAAUCGAUAAAUGUCAUCUUUUUUUAUCUAAGAAAGGAUUAUAAAGGUUCAUUAUUACUCAGGACGUCGAAAAACGGUGCGAUUAAUUGUUUAUUUAACCACCCAUUAACAACCCAUCCAGUGUUUUUUAAAUGGAUAUUUAUAGACUAUUGCGAUAAUUUUUUGACCGUUUUUAGACAUUUCAACUGGGAGUGUAUUAAUGUCUAAACGUGGAAGCUUUUCAUGAUCAAAAAAUGAACAUUUUCUGAUGUCUGUUUCGAAGCUAUGUUUUAUACCAUUAUCCGUUAAUAAUCUAUUUUUCGAACGUUUUCUGAAUUCAGUUUCUCUCUGAUUAAGAAUCUCACAAACACUGAAUUUCAAAAUUUCAAUAUUUUUAUGCCUUAAAACCAUGGUGUCAUCAAUAGUACUAGUUCCAAAACUAGAGGCUGUCUGCUCGGGACAACUUUCGAUAACUUGCGUAAUCCAUGAGAAAUAUGCCGAGAAAAGCAUACCCUGUAGUUAGAUUUUUCUUUCAGCUUUACUUUAGGUGUAAGUUAAAGUUUUAAUUCGCACCAUCUGCUAUACCAUAGGUCAAUUUAAUCAUUAAAUACAUUGAAAGUGAAAUUCUAAUUAUAUCUAAUAGGUGUUAACGUAAGUGACGCUAGAAUUACAACAUAAAUAACUCAAACAUAUCUUCAAUGAUAUGAUAUACAUACAGGCUAUUUAGUUUCAUGUUGAGAGGACAUAGCGAUCUAUCUAAAAUAAGUAAUUGCCAUGUAAUUUGAUUUCUAGGCAUAGAAAUAAGAAUAAACAAUCGAGUAUAAUUCUGUUAAUAAUCUUCUUCUGUUUUGUCCUCUCAAUGUGUGCAAAUCGCAAUUGUCAUUUCACAUGUACACUUCUUCUAUUUGGGAUAAAAAUGUCAUUAGUCGCUUGGGAGAAAAUAAAUAACAAAAAAAUAUAGAUAGAGAUAUAGAAUGCAGAAGAUACAUGGCAAAAUGGAAAAAGAAAAGGAAUCUUCUAUUUUGUCAUGUGAGAUAGUCUGUUACUCCAUGUAUUUGUCAUAGUUGUUUUCUUUACAUUUGGUUCACCAGAAUAAGGUGUAUGAUACGAAAAAGUACUAGUACGACAAGGUAUGAAACAAUAUGUGGUGUGAUAUACAAUUUCUAGAAGAAAAAAGUGAAUAAUGAUAUUGUAUAUAAAAUCAAGAGUUAAAGUUUAAUUUUUCAUUUAUUUCUCAGUGUACGUAGUGAAAAGUAUAAAUCAUAUCAGCUGAUUUUUUAAUAUUUCUGCAAAACAGUCAUUCUGUUGCCAUUACAAGUAGUCAAGAUAUCUGUAUAAGUAUGUAGUUCCACGUUUACAUUAUGAAAGAAAAGCUACGAAACAUUUUUCUUCUGUCAAAUUAUCAGAUCCUGAUCAGUGUUCUUUUUUUCUUUCCUUCAUCACACUUUACCACUGUAUAAUCUAUCUACUUGCACUAAUUUGAAAAUGAGAUCAGUUUAACCUCUCUCGGUUAAAAUCACGAAAAUAACAAAGAAUUGUUGUUCUUCUUCUAUUCGUAUAAAAAGUAUUUUGUUCAAAUCUUUCUCUCUCUUUCUCUCUCUGCUUGAAAUUUCCCUAACGGCACGUCCACUCGAUUGUAAUCAGUUUUAUUAACAUAAUCACUUUAGGUUCUACUUGAAAAAUAAAGGGAUAUCCUCUCCAAUUUCAUUAAUUGAUCAUAGAAACAAAGUAUAUUUUAUUUCCGAUUCAAUUGUAAAACCUAUACUUCUACAAUUUGAAGAAUACAUAGAUGACAAGGUUCAAUGUUUUACAGUCAUACACGAUGAAUUGUUAGUCUGGUUUCUACUAAACAUUUAGAUUUUUAUGUAUAUAGUAAGUGACAAAUAAUAAAUAAUUGUUUUGUGUCACAAGUAAUUCAAUUUAACCUAUUUUGACAAGAGGCGAAUAUAGAAUAUAUAAUACGAGAAUACAUAAGAAUGACUUUAGUCUAAAAAUCUUCAAAUAAAGAAAAAAAAAAGAAAAUCAAAAAGAGAGUAAUUACAUACUGGACGGACAGAUAGAUAGAUAGAAAUGUGUUCAGACUGAAUAAAAUGACGUCGAGUAUGAAGGAUUGUUGUGAUUAAUAGAAAAAAAUUGCAAAAAAUCGUCAGUUAUUAUCUGGAGUGGAACCUGACUAACUUUCCUUAUUUUUUACGCUUUUAAUUAAUUUCCAAAAAUAUAAGAUAAAUUGGAGUAAGUAUAAGGCUUCCUUCAUAAGAGUUUAAUUGUUAUGCUUAGAUAUGGUAAACUUUGUAAAAGAGGUUGUGACUGGCUGGAUUUCUAUCUAACUUUUAAUGAUUGACUCUCAUAAAGAAAAAUCAAAUUAUUAAAAUAAGUCUAGGUCAAGUUAGAGGAAAGUAUGUGAUGUUGAAACAGAACAUUCAAUAGUUUGAGAAAAAUACCUCUACAGAUCAUUUAUGGUGCGUCAUAUUACAAGUGUAAUAUGUCUUUUUAUAUCAUCACGAUUGUAAGCGAGUUUUUAAACAAACUCGCCAGGAACAUAGCAAAUAAAGAGAUAUAUAUUGUGUGGACAUUGCCCAUAUUUGAUGUGAACAGAACAGGGUAGGAAGAAAAUAAAUACGACAUGUGCAAGCCAUGUCUUAUUUGUUAAUAUGUUCCUAAGGUUCUCUUCUUACCGUACUACUCAAAUGCUUACAGGUCUUUGUCAAAUAUAAUACAGAUGUUCUUUUCCCUUUCAUCCACAUGUCAGACAGACAAAUCAAUAAUAGGCAUCCUGCAAGUAAUCUCUUCUCACGCAUAUGCUAUGUUUGUUAAUCAAAAUUAUCUUGUUCCAUUUUCGAAAUAAAGUUGACAGAACAGAAAAAUGUAUAUCAGCUAUAUGAAAGAAAAAUUAUUAAACGAAAGAGAAAAAAUAGGUCGAAACAUAUGUAUAACAUGAUAAUAAUCAAAUAUUUCUAUAGAUAUAUUUUGUGUGAAAUAAAGAUUUCUUCUUCAAUCAGCUUGAUGUCUAAUACUACAGGUUACAAAUUCUCUAAAUAUUCUCUGUUUACUUUUAGUACAGUUUUAUCUUUGGGACAAAAGCUGCCGUUAUAAUUUACAUGAAUUAUUUCAUGAUGAAAAAGAAAAGAAAAUGACGUUUGAUUAAACAUAUUACCGUUUAAUGUAUCGUUUUUUUCCAGUAAGAAUAUCUCGUUUAAGAUUUUUAUUGAUUCGUUGUUGUUGUUUAUCACUUAUUAUUCUAUUCGUCGUUCAAAUUUUAACAUUUUAUCAAAAUAAAGAUAACAAUCAAACACAAACUAUUCGACAACAACAAUUUGAACGAAUACCAACAACCGAACGACUAUUUUGGACAACAUUAGCUGAAUAUGAUCGACAAAAUUUUGAUGAACAGAAACGUUUAAAAUUAAUUUUAAAACAUCAACAAAAUGUUGAAUAUCAACAAUUAAAUUGGACAAAAAUAUUAUAUGAUUCGUAUAAACAUAAAUUAGCGACAUUAAAUGAACGAGAUAAAACAAUUAAUACACCAAAUCAAUAUAAAUAUGAAGAAGUGACGAACAAUUAUAAAUUGAUUAAUGGUAAACGACAAAUAACAAUAUUAGAAGCAACAACUGUUUUUGGUCAACCAAAAUUUUGUACAAAGGAGGAGCAAAAAAUAUUUCAUCCUGCAUGUCCAUUUACUAAUUGUUUAUGGAAAUGUAGUAAAGAGGAUAAAACAGUUACACAAUUGGAUGCGUUAAUUUUUCAUCAUUUAGAUAUAAAUUCUGAAGAAAUACAAAAAUUUCUUGAUAAACGUACAUUAAAUGAAAUUUAUAUAUUGUGGAUAGAUGAAGCUCAUAAAAAUCUUCAACAUUUAAAUGAAUAUAAAUUUAAUUGGACAUUAAGUUUUCGUCAAGAUUCAGAAAUAUCAAUAGCAACAUAUGGUCUAAUAGUAAAAUUACAACGUCAUAAACAAGAAGAACAACAUUCCAAUAAUGAGACUUUCAUUCCAUACAUGUUAGAUAAACAUUCUCAUUUAUUUACAAAUAUUUUACUCAAUCAUAGUUUAAUAACAGUAAAUAAAGAGUUAGAGCAGCGAAUUUUAACAAAUUAUCGUUUUCGAAAAAAACAAGCACUUUGGUUUGUAUCAAAUUGUAAACCAAAAAAACGUUUAGAAUAUUAUGAACAAUUAAAGAAAUAUUUUGUAAUUGAUGCUGAAGGUUCAUGUAUAAAACUUGAUGAACAAAAUUUAUCAAUUAAACAAUGUGGAAAAUCUGAACAAUGUGAAAAAGAUCAACUAUAUUUAUCAAUGUUUUAUUUAGCAUUUGAAUCACAAUCAUGUACUGAUUAUGUUACAGAAAAACUUUGGCGUGCACUUUAUCACGGUAUGAUACCAAUUAUUAUGGGUCCAAAAAAGCAACACUAUUUAGACUUAAAUAUUCCAUCAACAGCAUUUAUACAUGUUGACGAUUAUUCAUCUGAAAAACAAUUAGCAAUUCGUUUACACGAAAUAUCACAAAAUUAUUUUGAAUAUCGAAAAUAUUUUUUAUGGCAAACACAAUAUACUAUAUUUUAUAAACCAGAAGAUUUAGAACCAUUACGAAUGUGUGAAUUAUGUAUGAAAUUAAAUUUAAAUACAAAAUAUCGAUAUUAUCAAAAUUUACAAGACUGGCAUAAUCAAGGAUGUUGA